CGGAAGCGGAAAUAAACACGUCGAGCUGCAGAGGCCCCAGCGUUUCUGCUGUUUUCUUCUUUUUUGACACAUUAUUGAUCAGUAAGUGGCAUCCCUGAGUCUUUUUAAAGGACUAACCUGCGUGUGGAGUUGUUGUCAAACCGAACCGGGAGCUCAGAUCCUUCUGGAUGUGGAGCGUUCGGGCUCUGUUCGGCAUUGGCUUCCUCGUCACCUCUCGAGCCGCAGCCUCCCUCGCUCACACGGGGACAUGCACGCUCUCCACUGCGACUAGCACACACAAGCAGGACUGUUUCAGAAGGACGGCGUCCACCAUGGCCCAGACCAUCAAAUAUCUCGGGCAGGAGGAGGCCCAGCACAUCGACGAGGAGCUCUUCAGCGAGUACGGCUUCAGUGUGGAUCAGCUGAUGGAGCUGGCGGGCCUCAGCUGCGCCACAGCCGUCACUCGGGCGUAUCCUCUUACAUCUUUGGUGAAAGCCAAACCGACUCUGCUGGUGAUCUGUGGACCAGGUAACAACGGGGGCGACGGCCUGGUCUGUGCACGACACCUCAAACUCUUUGGUUACGAGCCCACCAUCUUGUACCCGAAGAGGCCCAACAAGCCGCUGUUCCAGGGUCUGACCACACAGUGCCAGAAGAUGGAGAUCCCCUUCCUGACCGAGAUGCCUGAGGCCGGAGUGAUCGAUGAGGCGUACAACCUGGUGAUCGACGCCAUCUUUGGCUUCAGUUUCAAAGGCGCCGUGCGGGAGCCUUUCGGCUCCAUCCUGGACGUGCUGAAUAAGACCACCGUGCCAAUCGCCAGCAUCGACAUCCCCUCAGGCUGGGAUGUGGAGCAGGGCGGCGGCACGGACGCACUCCAGCCCGACAUGCUCAUCUCGCUCACCGCGCCAAAGAAGUCCGCCUCCUCCUUCAGGGGGCGCUACCACUUCCUGGGCGGCCGCUUCGUGCCGCCCGGCCUGGAGAGGAAGUACCAGCUCAACCUGCCUCAGUAUCCCGGCACUGACUGCGUGCUGCAGCUGUGACGGGGGCGGGAAAUAACUUCCAAAUGACAACAUGAAUACUGCCGUACCUUUAUCUGUCUGUUGAUCUCACUGGAAAUGAGUCCUUCAGUGAGUAAUUUAAUUACAGGCUGUGCUCCAAUACUGGGAUUUAAUCAAUAAACAGUCUCAACAUG